UUUUGCUGUUAGUUACUGGCUGUCUGGGUGAAUUUACUGGAUUCCCUUCCAUCCACCAUUUGGAUCUGAGCUUUCUGUUGCAGGUUAUCACCUCGCUCAGCCCUGGAAAAGAAGGAAAAUUGGAUUUUAUUUAUAGGACCACUCGACAGGAUUGAACAAGCGGCCAUGACAACACUCAGUUGUGAAUCAUAUGAAAAGAAGUUCAAAGAUGUCACUUUGCCUCCUUUUGUGAGUGGGAUGUCUUCCAUUGUGUCCUUCGUUAACUCCGCUGUCACCUUUGGUGAUAAGGAGCUGGAGGAGUCGGAAAUUGGGAAGGUGAAGGUGGAUAUCGAGUUGGCCAACAGGGAGAUGAGGAGGGCUGAGAAAGUGGCUAAGGAUGUGAUCGACUCGAUGACAGCCGAGACCCUGCAGCUGGCGGACGACUUUGACAAGGCCCAGAGGGAGAGGAAGGAGCAGGAGGAAAGCCUCUGGAUCAAGAAAGAUGAGCUGAUCAUCCUGGAGAGUCGCAGGUACCAGGCCAAUGAUCAGCUUCAAGCUGCCAGAUCAUCUCUGCAACACAUGGAGACUGCCCUGAACAGUGCAGAGGCCAGGAAAGGAGAUAAAAUCACCGGAAGGGACAUGGGAAUUGGUUUAAUAUUCCUUGCUCCAUGUGUAGGGAUUCCAAUGACUGUCAACUACAACAAGGAACUAAAUACCACAAAAAAGCUGGUGAAGACCGUGGAUGGUGAAAUCAAUCGUCUCCGAGCUGAAGUCAAGCAGAGAGAAGACGAGAUGCAUACAUACAACAGUCAGAUCCCAGAGAAAAGCAAAGAAAUUGAGAGAUUGAAAGAGAGCUUGGCCCGCAAAGAGAGAGAGGUGGAAAAGCUGCAGAGAGCAUUUGGGCUGUUGGCUGACACCAAGUGCAAAUUGAAGUAUUGCUACAACUAUCUGUACAGUCUCCAGGGGGCUGUGGAAGUGUUGUACAACUCCUGCCAGGACUUGUACAGUCUGGAUCCAAUCAUGCCCAUUAUAGAGGAAACAUUGAAAACCAUACAGCAGCAGAACUCCCACAAUGAGCUACUAGCCUACGAUGAAGAAGUCCAGAAAAAGGUCAAAGAGUUGAAAAGGAUCCAGUAUCGAAUGAACAUGAAGUAGAGGAGAGUCCUCCCUAUGACAAACAGACUGUCGCUUAUUGAGGAAUGGAUGUGGAAUAGCAAAGGAGGCUAAAUCAAGGAAGGAGAUGAGGGGAAAUUUUCUUAUUCACUGAGUUCUUGAAGAUGGAACAUAUUGCUGACAGGAUGGUGGGAGCGGGUUCGUCACAUUGAACAGGGAAUUAGGUAAAUCUUUAAAAGGAACAGCUUGCAAGAUUAUAGGAAAGGAGCAGGACAGUGGGAUUAAUCCAAUAGCACUUCCAAACAGCCAGCACAGGCAAAAUGAGCUGAAUGGCUCUUUUUUAUUGUGAAAUGUCAUGGUUCUAUGAAGCAGGUUGGUGUAAUCAGUCUAAAGAUCGUAUGAGGAAAGGCUGAGGCACUUGGGGUUGUUUUCAUUGGAGAAAAGAAGGUUUAGGGGUGAUUUGAUA